CCCCCUCUAAAAUUCCGGAAAGGUCGGACUGCAAAAUUGUAAACAAGAACGCCACGCAUAGUAUUCCGCGUUGCAUCUUUCAAUUCGCGUCUCGGCCGUCUCGCUCGAGGCACAGGUGAUAGAGUACCAGAGAGGCUGCGUUAUCGAACGUCAACUAUGAUCGAGCAAGAAUCUUUGGUGAACACGUUUUACGCUGGUCAGAGUGUCUUGGUAACAGGAGGCACAGGUUUCCUGGGGAAGCUGUUGAUCGAAAAAUUGCUCAGAACGUGCAUAGAAAUCAAGUACGUUUACGCGUUGUCCAGAGCAAAGAAGGGCGAGACUGCGGAGCGACGCUUCGAGAGAAUAUUCGAAGGACCUCUGUUCGAUCGUCUCCGAAGAGAAGCACCGAAGUACCAGCAGAAGGUUCGAGUGAUCCCAGGCGAUUGUUCGUUACCUGGAUUAGGACUAUCCCCCUCGGAUGCAGAUUUGUUAGCGCAGGAAGUCACUGUGGUGUUCCACGUGGCAGCCACGGUUCGUUUCGAUGAAAAAAUAAAGAAGGCGAUCGCGGUGAACGUUGGAGGAACGAAAGAACUGAUGGAACUCUGUAAACGGAUGUCCAAUCUGCAGGUCGUGAUGCAUGUUUCCACUGCUUACAGUAAUUGUAAUCGCGAGAACAUCGACGAGAAGUUUUAUCCAGCCCCCAUGUCCGAAGAGGAAACGAUGCACCUGAUGCAGAAUUUCACCGACCAAGAGGUGAACGAUGUCCAAAAGAAAAUUCUUGGGUCUUAUCCCAACACCUACGUUUACACCAAGUGCAUCGCAGAGCAGAUGGUGCGACGAUACGAGAAGGAGUUACCUGUAGGAAUAUUUCGACCAUCCAUAGUGGUCUCGACGUACAAGGAACCAUUGGAGGGCUGGGUGGAUAACGCUUAUGGACCUACUGGGGCGCUCGCAGCGGCUGGCAUCGGCCUCCUGAGGACCAUGAAUAUGGACACAAAUCGCAAGGCAGAGUUGGUUCCAGCUGAUUAUACCGUUAACGCUCUUAUCGUUGCCGCUUGGGCAGUCGCGACCAAACGUUUCAGGGAUCGAUCAGGCGAUCCACCGAUCUACAACUACCUCUCUUCGUGGGGCGAUGGGAUCACCUGGGGUCAUUACAUGCAUCUGGCUAUGAAAUACGGAAGAGAAAUUCCGAGCGUGCGCAGCAUCUGGUGCUACACCUUUACCGCCGUUAAAAAUGUAUACGCGUAUUUUGUUGUAGCAGCUAUUCUUCAUCUACUACCAGCCUUGGUCGUCGACGUCGCGAUGGUGCUCACUGGCAAGAAACCUAGGAUGCUGAAAAUCUACAAAAAGGUGCACAAAUUCUCCGCGGUGACCAGUUACUUUGGCAUGCACGACUGGAAAUUUUCCUACGACAACACCAAAGACCUCUGGGACUCCCUCCCUCCGAAGGAUCGUGAGUUGUACGCGUUCUCGAUGAGCCACUUCGACUGGGAAGAUUUCAUGUUGAAGUCCAUAGGUGGAUUGAGAAUAUACAUCCUCAAAGACGAUCCGAGCACGAUAUCUCGUGCGAGACUUCGAAUGGCCAGAUUCGACUUUGUUCACAACCUCCUCAAGUAUACCACGCUAUUCAUCGUUAUCUGGCUCUUUUAUCGCGCGGUGGGGAGGCUUUUCGACGCCAUAAUUGACAAUAAUAAUGCAAUCACGGACAAGUUACUGAUGUUUUCCAUGCCCUGAUUGGAUAUGGUCGCCAAGCAAUAAACUUGUUCAACAUCCUUCAGCAGCAUUUUAUGUAUCAAUUAGGUUUUUGUGUGUUUACAACAAUAUACAUAUAUGUAUCGCCCAUCCCUCUCUUGAAAGGUCAAUGAAUAAAUAGAACGUCAUAACAUUUUUUAAUCUGUACUGGAAAUGUACUGGAAUGUCGAGAUAUUUUUUUUUCGUUCAUUUUUUUUCUGUGUUUUUCAUCGACUCACAGAUGAAAUAAUUAUAAAGCACCACACGCGUUUGCGAUUCUUUUAAACGAUCUACAUAACCUGAACGACGUCCGAUACAUGUAGAAAAAGUUGUCUCUAUAUCCUUCCAACUAAAUAAAUGCAACCUGAACGA